UGAGAUGCAUUAGGAGGACACUGAGCCACUUUCUUUCCGAGCGCGAUGGGAGCGCUUCCCAAGAAACUUCCCCUUCGCUUCCCUCCGCUCUAGCCCUGAGCAAUGGGACACCUUCCCUGCAGCAGCAAUAACUUAUUUGGGAGGAAAAUAACCCAGGAAACCGGAAUCAACAGCAGCCAAACGGCGAGCAGGAAAGCGACACAACCGGGACUGCAGCACGGCUUCACACUGAAAUUCCUGUGGAUGUAAUUAGGAAGACACUCCGGCUAGCGGCGGAGAUUAAAACCCCGGCUUGCCGCGGGUCGCCCCCCUCCCACCCAACCCCACCACCCCGAUGGCAACCCGACACCCCCUGCCUCUGCCCCGCUCGCCAGCCUGAUGUCCGGAGCGGGAUCCCGCUGAAGGGAGGGAGCGGUGCGGGAAGCCCGGCUCCUCCGGCCCCGAGCACCACUGCAGUGGCGGUGGCACAGCGAAGAGGCGGGACGAGCCGAGCCGAGCCGAGCCGAGCCACCGCCGUCCGCGGUGCUGAGCGGGGCCAGCCCCGGGCGCUGUCCGCGGUGCUGAUCCGGGCCAGCCCCCAGGAGCUGUCCGUGGUGCUGAACCGGGCGCUGUCCGCGGUGCUGAACCGCUCCAGCACCUGGCGCUGUCCGCCGUGCUGAACCGAGCCGCCCCUGGCUCCCCCCAGCCCGAGAAAGGGAGGUUCGCCUCCCCUGCCAAUUCUCCCCAAGUGCUGGUUACUUUAUUGGCCAAGCCCGCCGGCCCACCCCUCGCGGAGUACAAAAAAAAAACAACACAACAACAAACAACCAACAACAACGCGGCGAGAGCUGGAAAGAUGUGCAACGUCAACGCGCUCGGAGUCUACGUGUGGGAGACGAUCGUUUUCUUCAGCCUGGCAGCCUCCAAAGAAGCUGAAGCAGCAGCACGAUCUGCCCCCAAACCCAUGUCUCCUUCUGAUUUCUUGGAUAAGCUGAUGGGGAGGACUUCAGGAUACGACGCCAGGAUCAGGCCAAAUUUCAAAGGCCCACCAGUGAAUGUCAGCUGCAACAUUUUCAUCAACAGCUUCGGUUCGAUUGCAGAAACAACUAUGGAUUACCGGGUGAACAUCUUCUUGCGACAGCAAUGGAAUGACCCACGGCUGGCAUACAAUGAAUACCCUGAUGAUUCUCUGGACCUGGACCCCUCCAUGCUGGACUCCAUCUGGAAGCCUGACUUGUUCUUUGCUAAUGAGAAAGGAGCCCACUUCCAUGAGAUUACCACAGACAACAAGCUGCUGAGGAUCUCCAGAAAUGGAAACGUCCUCUACAGCAUCAGGAUCACGCUGACUCUGGCCUGCCCCAUGGACCUGAAGAACUUCCCCAUGGAUGUACAGACGUGCAUCAUGCAGUUAGAAAGCUUUGGCUACACAAUGAAUGAUCUAAUAUUUGAGUGGCAAGAAAAAGGAGCCGUGCAAGUUGCUGAUGGGCUGACAUUGCCUCAGUUUAUCCUCAAAGAAGAAAAAGACUUGAGAUACUGCACAAAGCACUACAACACAGGCAAAUUCACCUGUAUAGAAGCUCGUUUCCACCUGGAGCGGCAGAUGGGCUAUUAUUUGAUCCAGAUGUACAUCCCCAGCCUCCUUAUUGUCAUCCUGUCCUGGAUCUCCUUCUGGAUCAAUAUGGACGCUGCACCAGCUCGAGUUGGCCUGGGGAUCACCACGGUGCUCACUAUGACCACUCAGAGCUCAGGCUCCCGAGCGUCACUGCCCAAGGUGUCCUACGUGAAGGCCAUAGAUAUCUGGAUGGCCGUGUGCUUGCUGUUUGUGUUCUCUGCACUUCUAGAGUAUGCUGCCGUCAACUUUGUGUCCCGGCAGCACAAAGAGCUGCUCAGGUUCAGAAGGAAGAGGAGGCAUCACAAGAGUCCCAUGCUCAAUCUGUUUCAGGAGGACGAAGCCGGCGAAGGCAGGUUCAACUUCACCGCCUACGGGAUGGGGCCAGCGUGCCUGCAGGCCAAGGAUGGCAUCUCCGUCAAGGGCGCCAACAACAACAACACGGCCAACCCCGUCCCCCCGCCAUCCCGCUCCCCCGAGGAGAUGCGGAAGCUCUUCAUUCAGCGAGCCAAGAAGAUCGACAAGAUCUCGCGCAUCGGUUUCCCCAUGGCGUUCCUCAUCUUCAACAUUUUCUACUGGAUCAUCUACAAGAUCGUCCGCAGGGAGGAUGUGCACAACCAGUGAGGGAAGGGGAGCAGCUGGGAGGGAGAGAGCAAUCCUUUAUAUAUGUGCAAUAGCAAUGCAGCAAUGCAUGAAUUUAAGAAUGUGGCAAUAUCUACUAAAAAAAAGAG